GUGGUUCCCCGCUAGCAAGCUGUCAGGUGAAUACAACACGACAACCAAAAUUGAGCUUUAUGCAAUGUGUAAACACAAACGGCGUAUACACAAAACGAAACUGAGGCUACUAUUCAACUGUACGACGAGGGAAACACUGAAUGUUUACAAAUGUUAAAGACUGUUUUUAUAGACACUUAAGAAAUAAAUGUUCUUUUAAGUUUCGAAAUAGAUAACUUGGACGAUGUCGAUUUUAAAUCAAGCGGCGGUUGAGGCCUUGUGCUCGGCGUCAUAUGUAGAAAACUACCUGGAAGCAAUGGACAAUCUACCGGACGAUUUGCAACGGAUUGUUACACAGCUUCGAGAGCUUGAUAUACAAUGCAGAUCUAUAUUACAAGAUACCGAGCACCACAAAGAAACCUACAUGAAAGAAGAGAGUGGAAUGAUGAAAAAGAAAGCAUUUAUUGCAAUUAAACGUGCUCUUGUGAAAUGCCAAGAGAUUGGAGAUGAAAAACUUCAUUUACUGACUCUUAUAAAUGAGUUCAUAGAAAAUAGGCAACGACAGCUUGAACAAGACAGAGAAAAUCUUGGAAACUUUUUCGAUCCCACAGCGACCCCAAGUGUUAAAGAACAACACCAUGAAAAAGAAGAGCCAUUCAUCCCCACACCCCCAGUGGUUAACAACAUCAAGGUGAAACAAGAAGAGAAGGUUGAGCAAAGAGUCAUCACAACGCCAGUCAACACAAACAAGAGACAGAGACGACAGAAAAAUCAUGAUAGUAUGACCAAAGAGGAGGUAAUUAUGGAUGAUAAACCUAAGAAAAAGAAGAAGAGAAAAACAAAGAAGGAUAAAGAACAGUCCCCAGUAGAUCCUCCCAUCGACCCAGAUGAGCCCACAUACUGCCUAUGUGAGCAAGUGUCUUAUGGGGAGAUGAUUGGCUGCGAUAAUGACGCUUGUGCAAUUGAGUGGUUUCAUUUUAACUGCGUAGGACUCACCAGUAAGCCAAAAGGGCGAUGGUACUGUCCAAAAUGUAGAGGGGACUCGUGUAAAGUGAUGAGAAAGGCGUGAUGGGGAUGAACAAUUUGACUUUGGAAGAAAACUAAAUACGCUAGUAUUCACUUGACAUGGCUUUUAAGCAAUAUCAGAUGUUUAUAAGAAAUGAAUUUUAUAUAAAAGGGAUAUAAAGACCUAUUGAUUGUAAUUUUCUACUGUACUUCAUUGUACAUUGUAACUGCAAUAGGUUUUUAGCUUGAUGACAUUAUAUAUUAUUGCUUGUGACAGAAGAUUUUUGUUUUAAACACCUUAUUAUUUAAAUUAUUUAAAGACAACAAAGUGUGGAAUAAAUAGUUUAUAAAAAAUAACUCUAAAUUGUGGCAUGCUUGUCAUUUUGAGCAGUUGCAUAAAUGAAGUUUUGAAUUUUUGCAAUCCAUGAAAGUUAAUUAGCAUGUCAAAUAAUUUUAGCCCAACUGAAGACAAAGUGCUAAAAAUGAGCUAUUGGGGUCUAUCUUUGUUGUCCUCCGUUGUUUGUCAUGCAUCAACUUUUAGCUUGUUUUCACUCUAAAGGCUAUAUUUUCCAUCCAUUCUUGAUGAAACUUGGUCAGAAUGUUUGUGUUGGCAAUAUGGAGGUGUAGUUGAUAUCUGGGUAAUGCAUCCAUAAAGCAGGUCACUUAAAAAAUUGUUACCACUGUAAGCUACAUUUAUGACUCAAUCUUGAUGACGACUGGUCAUCUUGACAUUAUCUUGACCCAGUUUGAAUCUGUGUCAUUGUGCUCCAAAAAUAAGGUCACUUGUAAAUACUCUUGAGGCCACAGUAUGGCUCUAUUGAUGAAACUUGGAGAGGAUGUUUACAAUACCUGAACCGAGUUCGAAUAUUUGCCAAGUGAAUCCAAAAACUAGGUCAACAGAUCAAAUCUGAGAAAAAUAACAUGUCACCACUUUAGAUGCCACAUUUUGAUGGAACUUGUUCACAAUGUUUGGGGUCAAAAACUAGUUCUCCUUGGUCAAGUCUGUAGCAAAGGCUGUACAUUAAACACAGGUGCGUGCUUGAGGGCCAGCAUGGGCCUCUUGAUUUUUAUUAAAGAGAAAAGAACUA